AAAUAUUUUGCGCCAAAAGUAUUGUUGCGUUUCUUUCAAUGGUUUUGUCGUCAAAUCAAUUGAUCCCAAGAUUUUGAUUGAUUUGUCAUUCAAUGGAUAACAAGAAGAGAGGUUUCGGCAGUUUUGGCAAUAAUAAGGCCAAUACUGCGAAACAGAGUUUCACUAAAACCAAGACUUUUAACGCAAACGCGAAGACCAAUGAAUCGCAGACACAGCACAAGAAGCCGAGACCUAAUGAUGACAAUAACGACGACGACUUCGACGACACUAUGGAUGAAGACAUGGAUUUUAUGUCUCAGGAGAUGCCCGACGAAGACAUGGAUGCCUUGGAUGAGAAUUUUUCAGCGCCCGAAUCAAGUGAGACACACACGCGAUGGUGUCGUCCGAAGAGGGGUGAUGUCGAUCCGGACGCCGACGCCAUUGUCUUUCAACAGAUAGACAUCGAUUCAUAUAUCGGUCCCAUUAGGCCGGGAAUGCCCGGACCCGCCGACGGCGUGGCGCCCAUUAUGCGGAUGUUUGGUAUCACCGAAACCGGUGUCUCCAUCAUGUGUCACAUCCAUGGCUUUGCCCCCUAUUUCUAUAUCCCGGCCCCAAAUGGUUUUACGAAAGACAAUUGUUCGCCAUUUAUGGAAAAGUUGAAUAAACACGUCCUCCAAGACAUGAGAGGCAACUCGGAUAACAUCGAGAACGCCGUUCUGGCCGUGGAAUUGGUUCAAAAGCAGUCCAUUUAUGGCUAUAGGGGUUACGUUAAGAUCCCGUUUGUGAAGAUCACGAUGUGUUUGCCGCGACUCAUAGCACCGGCCGCUCGUAUUCUGUCCAACAAUAGCGCCUUCUCUACGGACGGCAUCCAGUCUUACGAAAGUAACAUUGAUUUUGACAUUAGAUUUAUGGUCGACACACGUGUUGUCGGUUGCAAUUGGGUUGAACUGCCGGCCGGUGCCUACACUAUACGGCCCGCCGAACAAAUGGACUCUCGCUGUCAACUGGAAGUGGACAUCGCUUAUAACAAAUUCAAGUCCUAUGAACCGGAGGGCCAGUGGUCUAGAAUAGCGCCGUUCCGUGUCUUAAGCUUUGACAUCGAGUGCGCCGGAAGGAAAGGCAUAUUCCCGGAGCCAGAGAUGGAUCCAGUUAUUCAAAUCGCCAAUUAUGUCAUACGACAGGGAGAAAGGGAUCCAUUUAUUAAAGUGAUUUUCACGUUAAAAGAUUGCGCGCCGAUUGUCGGCCACGAAGUGAAGAGUUUUGACGACGAGAAGAAGCUGCUGAACGCGUGGGCAGACUUUGUCCGCGAAUGCGAUCCCGACCUCAUGACCGGCUAU